CCAAUCCUAUGACAUUUCAUUUAAGGAACGGCAAGUCAUACUCUUCAUUGGCGCCCAACGUGGGGCCUCGAAUCUCGCCGACGAACCGACAAGCGUGCACAAAAUGUAGCGGACACAGCAAAGAGAGUCCACAAUAUCUCGCGUUUAAUAGCGUGAAUACCACCAUUGUCGGAAGAUCCUGUCCAUUGGUCCACAUCGAGAUGUUUGGCUUGAAAGGAGAAGCUCUCUUCGACACGGGAGCGAAAACGUCUGUUGCCAGCGCUAACUUGAAGAAAAUAUUGUCGAGCAAGGGGUGUGUUUUCCAGGAUGUCAUGGCUGACGUCACGUUGGCAGAUGGAAGCACUACCGCCCAAAAAGUGUUAUCAACCAUUUGCGACAUCACAAUCGGCCAUAGAGUUCGGAAAAUACGGAUGAUAUCUCUUUCAAAUGCUACGAAGAAUCGUACUCUGAUUGGAGCGGACUUUUUGGAACAAGCGGGCAUUGUUGUGAAUAUGGCCCAACGCUACUGGUACUUCGAAGACGAGCCCAAGGUAAAAUUUGACUUUGCCAAGCCAAGUGUAAGUGGUCUGCCGUCAGCUAUAGACAUAGCGGGCGCACAUGUGGUAACGAGCAAUCGACUAUCGCCUCGUACUAAAGCGGUAAACGAGUACUCAAAUUUCGUUCGCUACGUUAUGAGGAGUGGCACUAACAUCGACGAUGCCGUUUCCCCAGAAAUAUCUCCUGAAAGAAACUAUGGACCAGCAGUAAAAGAGAAACGCUCACACUCAAACGACUACUCUCCACACUCAGUGCAGCAAAUUUUCAAAAGUUCACUACCAGUUGGCGAAUCUACGCCCGAAAACUCCUCUCGUCUAUUUGCGCCUCCAAUUAAGGUAAAAAUUAGUGGUUACGAAGAGUUUUGCGAAGAAAAUUUUUUUCCGUUGAACUCUCUUGAGUUGAGUCCACCAACUCAGACAGGUGGUUGCGAUCUCACGCUUGAACAGCGUAGAGAUUUGGACAAGCUGUUGCUCGAACAUAACGAAGUCUUCGAAGAGUCAACAUUUGCAACACCGUUU